GUCUCACUAGCGACUGCUGGCUAAAAAUGUAUUACUUGAUGUUCACCGUCCUUCUUUUGCUUCAUCCCUGGGUUCCAACUGGAGCUUUCAAUAGUUCUAUUAUUGGAGGCAGGGAAGCAAAGCCUCACUCCAGACCCUACAUGGCUUCACUGCAGAUUGAUAAUCAGCAUGUGUGUGGAGGCUUCCUGGUGCGCGAAGACUUUGUUUUGACAGCUGCCCAUUGUUACAAAGACAGAGCUCUUACUGUGGUUUUGGGUGCCCACAAUCUAAAAGUCAAGGAAAAAUCACAGCAGAAGAUUGAAGUAAAACAAUUCUACAAGCACAAAUUGAAUUCGCUGGACAAAUAUAACUUUGAUGUUAUGUUACUGAAGCUUGCUAAAAAUGCCACUCUGAAUAAGAAUGUGAAAGUGAUAGGGCUCCCCAGGAAACAGGGAGAUGUUCCAGCCAAGACUAAAUGCACUGUAGCAGGCUGGGGUAAGAAGCAUAACACUGGGGGAGCUGAAAAUGUUCUUCAAGAAGUAACUGUGAUUAUAGAAGACAUGAAAGACUGCAAAAAGGUGUGGAAAGAAUAUGUGAAUAAAAGGAUGCUGUGCACAAAUUUCAAUGGACAAAGGGGAAUGUGUCAGGGCGACUCAGGAGGCCCUCUCUUGUGCAAUACAAAAGCACAAGGAAUUGCUGCAUUCACAGGACAGAACUGUGAGGAUCCCACGCGCCCGCAGGUUUACAUGAAAAUCGCAAGCCUUAUUCCGUGGAUAAAAGAAACAAUGGAAUAGUUACGUGUGAAACAGAUGUAAAACAAAAUGUUGAGAGUACUCUUGAAACAUUGUAGUGUUUCCACAUCUCUAUCAAGCAUUUCCAAAAUUGUAUUGAUUGUUUCAUUAAAA